CUCUCUGUGGUGGCCUGGGAGCUUGCAGGUAGCAGUCAUGGGCUUGCUCUUGCUUUGCAACGUAACUGGAUGCUCCAGGUGACUUGAAUUCUGAACUGAACGAACAUGAGUGCCCUUGAUUUGGCUUCAGUCCUUGAUUUUCUGGAGAUGGCCAACUUCACAGAGAUCAACUGGACGUGCCACAACGGCGACUGCAUCACGGUUGAUGCCACAGCGUGCCCUGGCACGCUUAACAAAAGCGCCUUGCUCUACACCCUAUCCUUCUUCUACAUUUUUAUCUUUGUCAUAGGGCUGGUGGCCAACUCUGUUGUGGUGUGGGUCAAUCUUCAAGCCAAAAUGACUGGCUAUGAAACCCACCUCUACAUCUUUAACUUGGCUAUUGCCGAUCUGUGUGUCGUCAUCACCCUUCCAGUUUGGGUUGUCUCCCUUGUCCAGCAUAACCAGUGGCACAUGGGAGAAAUUACAUGCAAGAUAACUCAUCUCAUAUUUUCCAUCAACUUGUACGGAAGCAUCUUCUUCCUGGCGUGUAUGAGCGUGGACCGUUACCUCUCCGUUGCCUAUUUCACCAAUUCCAGUAAUCGCAAGAAGAAGAUAAUACGCCGCUGCAUCUGCAUCUUAGUGUGGCUUCUUGCCUUCAGCGCCUCUCUCCCAGACACCUAUUAUCUUAAGACGGUCUCUUCCAGCAAUGAAACCUACUGCCGUCCCGUGUAUCCAGAAGAGAGCUUCAAAGAGUGGCUGAUAGGCAUGGAGCUCAUCUCUGUUGUGCUGGGCUUUCUUAUCCCUUUUCCCAUCAUUGCUGUCUUCUACUUCCUCCUUGCGAAGAGCAUCUCUGCCUCCAGUGACCAAGAGAGGAAGAGCAAUGGGAAGAUCAUUUUCUCCUACGUCGUCGUCUUUCUUGUCUGCUGGCUGCCCUACCAUGUGGCUGUCCUUCUUGACAUCUUCUAUAGCCUCCAUUUCAUACCCUUCAGUUGUCAAAUGGAGAACUUCUUGUAUGCCACUCUUCACAUCACCCAGUGUUUCUCCCUAGUCCAUUGCUGUGUCAACCCCAUCCUGUAUAGCUUCAUUAACCGCAACUACAGAUAUGAGCUCAUGAAAGCCUUUAUUUUCAAGUACUCGGCCAAAACUGGUCUCACCAAACUUAUCGAUGCUUCCAGAGUGUCAGAAGCAGAAUACUCUGCUCUGGAGCAAAAUACCAAAUGAUUGCGAUUCCCUCAAGAUGCUGCUUGGACUUCUUUUUUUUUUUUUCUUUUCCCCUGUGUUUGUUAUGAACGGGGCACGAGUUACGGCCUACAGAAGAGAAAUAGCAAACUGUAAUUUAAGAGCGGAAUCGGGCGCAAAAUGGAAGCGGUACCAAAACCAAGCAUUUUGUUGGUGUGUUUUGUUUCAUCUCCUGCUAGCCCAGUCUGGGCUGGUCAACACUGCUAUGCAAAUGGAAAAGACUUUGUAGCAAACAAAGCCAUUGUGUACCGUAGAUAACAUGCGUUUUCAAGAUAAGCUUUUUCUUCCAUGUGUAGAUUCCCUCUUGGUCUCAUUGUAUAUGUUAUAUAUAUAGUCUGUUGUAUUUAAAAGCUCAAGACUUUAUUUUCUGGCUAUUGGUGUACCGUAUACAAUUGUAUUUGAAAAUUAAAUAUAUUUUUAUCAUGUAUUUGAAGUAUAUUGCUGAUGAGUGUAUCCGGAGUGCUGUAGUCUGAGUGUUAGAUUGCUGUUUGGUUUUAACUCUCCUAGGUAAUAGGGUGGCAAUAAAUAGCAGAAUGGAAAUGAGAUCUCUUAUGGGCAUCCUCACUGGCCAGAACACUUUAUCACUUUAUUGACCAUAGCUCUAUAUGGUGGUUGUACCCAUGUCUGGAGCAUAAAAUGUAUGUACUGUAGAAUAGUUACCGUCAUGUUAAAGUUAACAGUAUUGUAAGAGUUGUUAACUCCUACAGUGUGCUUCACAAAGCUGUAUCCUUAUGCGCAGAAUGAAUGAUACUACUUUUGAGA